UUUAAAGAAGACGCGAAUGAAAUCUUCGCUGCUGUUCAAGACCUCGUUGCAGUAUAUCGUUGAAGGUGAAAAAGUGGGAGCGCUGCCGUUGUCGUGACGCGCGCUGACGGCUCCCCACCCUUCGUCUCCAUAGAUAUCGGCUGCGGUUGCACGAGCGACAAGAUCUUUAGCAGAAGGGCUGCCUUCUGCUGCCACGUACCCCGCGCCCAGGUCCGCCCCUGCUUACGUCUACAACGCCAGCAGCGCCGGCGCUUCUGCCUUCGCCGCCGUCGACGCCAUGGAAUCGGGAGCAAAGGCCGGCACAGGUGAGGCAGCCUCGCUGCAACGGAGCAUCCUGGGUGGCUUCGUGGCUUCCUCCGACACGAGGGCCAUCAUCCAGGAGAACGUCUACGUCAUUCUGGGCCACGGCAAGUUCCAGAGGAGGGUGCUGCUCUGCGCCGUGCUUUGCCUGACGGUGCUUGUGCUGCACGCGUUCGCGUACCGACUCAUCGGUCGUCCCGUGCAGCACUGGUGUCGCCCGCCCGACGAAUUUCGGCACGUGCCCGUCCAGGAGUGGAGGAACGUAGCCAUACCCGUCUUGGCCGACGGCAGACUCAGCGAGUGCACUAUGUACGACCCACCGGUGCCGGGAGAAAACGCAAGCGAGCGCAGAGUCGUGUCUUGCAACCAGUGGGAAUACGCCGCCGACCGACAGGAAGACAGCAUCGUCAGCGCCUGGAACCUGGUGUGCGGCCGCCGCUGGCUGUACGCGCUGUCGGAGUCCACGUACAUGAUCGGCUCCAUGGUGCUUGUGCCACUGGCCGGCGUUCUGUCCGACCGCCACGGGCGCCGACCCACUAUUCUCGCCUGCUCAUUCGCCAUGCUGUUCGCAUGCCUGGCCGCCGGCUUGUCGCAGGUAUUUCCCACGUUCCUUGUGACACGCUCUCUCGUUGCCGGCACGUCCAGCGCCACCUUCAUGCUGGUCUUCAUCGUGCUCUACGAGGUGACGGGCAACGAACACCGCGCCCUCUACAGCCUCCUGGCUGCGAGCGUCGGUCCGGCUCUGGUGUCGCCGCUGAUGUCCAUCGUGUCGAUGGCCAGUCCGCGCUGGUGGCUAUCACAAGCGUUUCUCGCGACGGUGUCGGCGAUGGCGGCUACCUGGUGCAACAUGGUCGAGGAGUCUCCGGUCUGGCUCGUCGACACGCACAGAGUUCGGCUAGCCGAACGCGUCGUACUGUACGCGGCCGCGCAGAACGGCAUCGACCUGGCCAAGGCGAAGGGCACGUUCAAGGCGCUCAAGCAGCAACUGGAGAAGCGAGAGGCGGCGUCCCCGACGACCACCACCACCUCGGCCAGCGUGUCCACGAGUAGCCGCCGCGCAGUGUCCGUGCUCGUUUCCUGGUUCGGUGCCAGUUUUGCCUUCUACGGAAUGGGGCUCCGCCAGACGGCGCUCGAUAGCCUAUGGGCCGUGUCGGCACUCAUGCUGCAGGUGGUGCUCCUCGUCGCAGUCUACAACGGCAUCACAAAGUGGGGCCAACGAGUCUCGUUGUCCAUGGUGCUGGCGCUGCUCUGCGUGUCUACCACCCUUUAUUCCACACUCCAUCAUUUGAAAGCGACCUUCCCCUGGAUCGUACUUGCGAGGCUCGUGGUCGAUAGCAGCGCUGCGGUCGCCAUGGCCGUCAACUGCUGCUACACGACGGAAGUGUUCCCCACCUCGAUACGAAGCAGAGGCCUCUGCGUGUCGUACUCGGUCGGGCGUGCUGGGGCGCUGCUGGCCGCCUUCCUGAACUCGAUGUUUUCCGACGAAACACUGGUGUUCGACAUCAUCAUGAUCCUCCUCGUGUUCGCCAGCGGGAUGGCCAUCCAGUGGCUGCCCGAAAUAUUUGUGUUUAAGAAGACACAGGCACGGAAGCUGGAGCCAGCCGCUACGACCGAAGGGCAGCGGAAGGAGGCGCUGAAGGCAUCCUUGGGCCAAGGCACAGAGGCUGUCGCCCAGAAGGCCAAACGUCGUAAAUCGCAGCGCAGUUCGACAUACGGCGCGACGUCACCAGGCACGCAAGCUCCGCCUGGGAUGGUGUCCCCGAUGGCAGAGGUUGGCGAAAGUUCCAAAUACGUUCCUUCGACCAAGAAUGUAAAACACUCAAAGCCCAAAAAGAGCGGCACAAGCAGCGGACUCGCUUUGUCACCCUCGCGCGCCCCUACUUCCCGCUGACCGUAUUUUUUACCACCCUGUUUUGUUUACCGCGAACAGUGAUUUAUUUGUAGCUUUCAAUCGUGUUUGCAAGCAUGUGACGACGCUAUCCUUAUGCUUUUAGUGAAUUUCGUUAAGGGUUUACUGUAGUUGGAGUUCAUCGGGAGUUGCAUUUCUGAUUGCUGAGGCGAAACUUGUACUUUGUCGAAGGAACCGUCAAUUGCGGUCGUGUGAGACUGAAAGAUAAAGCCACUAUGUUCGGAGCGCGCAGACAUCACGUGCGGUUUUUUUUUUCGAACAGCAAUCGGUACAGCUGUCGCACCCUCCUGCAGUACCCAAGGACCUCCUCGAAUCACGCUUUUGUGCACCCGCGGCAUCUGUUUGCUAAUCACAGCGGGGUCGCGGGUCUUGGUCGCUCAAAAACUUGUGACUGCCUGUAGUAUUCUGACAAACUUGCAGACAAGUGUUUGCUUCUGAAUGUUCGACAACUGCGUUGUUUGUACUGUCUGUGUUGCUAAUCGAGCAUAGACGCGGUCAUCCGUUAACCUAGGCGCCGACACUGCUGCCGGGCGGACGUUCUUGCCGAACCGAUCCCCUUUGUCGUCGACCGCAAAAGCUGAAACAAUACGAGGCGAUACCUUUAUCGGGUUGGCGAGCAUUACACUGCAGUGUUCAUAAGAACAUAACUUGAGCGGUCUCUCGCUAGCUGGCCUAGGUCGGCGCCGCAGGAUGUGAGCGCGCAUUGCACUGUAAGCCGAAUAGAUCACGAGGGAAACCGGAGCGCGCAGGUAACAGCGUUCGUAAUAGAUUGAUGCGGAACUGAGCGUGCUAAGCGCAAUGAAAAGAAAUAAGGUACGAACUUUUGGUAGAGACGACUAUGACCGUGGCCGACUCGCGGCCGCGGCAUCACUCGCAAAUGUAUGUUGUACAGCCGCUUUCAUAUCGAUUUCAUGCAAAAAGUACCCUUGCACACAUAGAGCAACUGCAGGGCGAAAUGACCUUUCAAAUGAGUGAAAGAACGUAUUUGACUAGGCAUGUCAAAACUGAAAUCGAGAAAGGUCAGAACGUGACUCAUGUUUAUCUAUUGGGAGACAUGCAAGAAUGGCGCGACAUGUGGUUUAUCCGCGCCAAGAUGUGACAAGUUUCCCGGUUGCUUACCGGCGCAUUGAUUUGUUCAAAAAUUCUAUGGUACUGGUAUAUAAACGAACCGCGUCCCUAGCGAUAGUGGAACAUGAAAACGAUAAUACCUAUAUUCUGUUACAACUGCCUAAAAUACGUGCACCAUAUAGAUUAUUACGCAUCAUGAAAUAGUCCCCUUGCCGGCCGUGUGAUCACAUUUCGCCGUACAUUCCUCAACGAGGUGGUUGAAAUUCGCUUGAAAUUAUCGAGAAAUACCUUGCAGUAUAAGUUUCUCCACUGCGCCCAACAUACGAGUACAUAAAGUUCAGAAAUUAGACUUCGGAAUUUGUCGAAGUUACAAUGGCAGAUAUAAUUUAUAUAAGCUCCGGUGCCUAAUAAUACGCUCCAGGCUCAGACCGCAGGCUAGCGACCUGUAUAGCACGGGCAUUACAACAUUACCUUCGUUCUGUCCAGGUACGUGGUAUUUGCAUAUUUUCAAACUCUAGUUAAAGUUAAUGAGUGAAGCUUUGUAUCCGGCAGCGAGGCCCGUCAAAUAAUUGAAAACACAGUCAACGUCUGACAAUGCUACCUUCGUUGUUCGGUCACCAGCCUUUAACCGCUUACCUAACUUUAGCUGAGGCACCCUAAAUAAUUCGCGCGACAAGCAAAAAUAACGAGUUUGAUCACCAUUUAGACUACCAUCUUGCGGAUCAUGUUUCUGUAUAUUAAACGAUAGCAAAGUUCUUCAA